AUGGAGCAGAGGAAAUCCAGCUCGACCCCGUUGAUCCUGGCAGCUGGAGCCUCCAAUCUGGAGGUUGUUAAAAUGCUCCUCGAGGCCGGCUGUAGCUGCAACAAGCGUGACGAGACCCAACAGACCGUCCUACACAGGGCUGCGUCGCUGGAAAACUUGACUAUCGUAGAGGAGCUUCUCAAUCGUGGAGCCGAGAUCGAUGCUGUCCGAGACGACGGGGCUACAGCACUCAGUCUGGCUCUAGAAGCGGGGAAUCUCCAAGUAAUCUGGGCCCUGCUCAAACGGAACCCUGACCCGAACAUCUGUGCAAAACCACGAAAGUCACCACUUUAUCUGGCCUGUGAACUGGCGACUACUCCUGUUGUUUGGCGACUGGUUGAGCUGGGAGCUAUCCCCACUGUUGCUGGGGGUCCCUUCGGGACUCCAUUACAUCUGGCCGUGCUUCGGGGGGAGCUUGGUUGCAUCUCACUGCUCGCUCGCGAUGAUUCCCACGAUUGUAUGGUCCGCCCCUUCGGGACUCCGCUGCACACCCUGUAUGCCAUGGCGGGAUAUACACACAGGGAAAAUCUGAUCCAAACCUCCAAUCUUCUGUUGGACAAGGGUGCCAAUAUCGACCGUCAGGAUUAUUGGGGAAGAGCGCCGCUCAUACUCGCAUUGCUGCAAGACUGGAUCCCUAUCGACCACCUGCUGACUCGAGGCGCACGGCUGGACAUUCGGGACGGGAUCUCGGCCACUGCACUUCACUACGCGGCGCAGCUACGGCGGUUUGAAGAGGUCAAGCAGCUCCGUCUCAACGCGGCAAGCGUCGAGUGCGUGGACGAUGGCGGGCGAAAUCCGCUG